AUGCUUGACCCCACCUACUCUUGUCACUCCCAGCUACAUCGAUUCGAAGAAGAGCUUCCAUUUCUCUCCACUCUUGAGACGAAUGUUCUCCCUAAACGCUUUCUACUAGCUGCUAAAAGGGAAGUCAAGGUGACAGGAUUCGAACCUAUGGCCCUCUGUACCCAAAACAGAUGCGCUGACCAGACUGCGCUACACCUCGUCUCACCCUCCGAAGCAUAUAGAUCCGCCCGAUCGAUGAAGACUCGAACCGAACUCGCCCAUCCUUUUGGGCACAGGGGGGCGAGAACCAAUCCGAGUAAUCAACCGCUUUUUUUAUCAAAUCUGCCUCCCGCACUAUUAUACGGCUUUUUGCCUUUUUCUUUCACUUUCAUUUCCAAAUCCGGCUCGCUCUCGGCUACGUUCUUUCAGAACCUUCGCCCGCUUAGAAGUGGAUUCGAACCACUGACACAAGGAUUUUCAGUCCUUUGCUCUAACCAGCUGAGCUACCUGAACCACUUUCCUAAAUAA